AUGAAGAAGCCACGCGACCGGACCACUCCUGCAGACGGGCAAGUUUUCCUCUUCGUGAACAAGACGUCCAAGUCCAAAUCUCUGUCGAAAAGCGAUGGCGCGGUUGCCAAGCAGAUCAACCGCCACGCCCAACACUUCCGGACUCGCAAGCUCGAGGCCCAGAAGGUGACUUCGGCACGUACCAAUUCUUCCUCAGCACGUCGGAUAGCGUUGGAUGGAUGGAAUAGGAAAGACAACGGGUCCGGUUCUGGUAGCGAUGAGUCCUCGCCGGUGUCCUCGCCGAACGAGGAAUCGACGGCAUCACCUCCGCAGACUUCAAUACCGGCACGUCAAAUCUUCUCGCCCGUCAUCGACUCAUCUGCUGAACUGCCGUUGAAUGUCCAUGCUUUGCCACGCAGACCGCUCUCGGUGCGAGACUUGGCCGGCUUUGGCUACGCGGAUUCAGACCGUGACCAAUGUGUACAGGAAGACGAGAAUGGAGCCCUGGAAUUGUCGUCACCCGUCUACAGGGCAAACUUCACUGCUUACGACUGCAUUGAUCCUUUCGGCAGCACUCCAGUGCGAAUCACUCCCAAAAUACACACGGUGUUGCAGUACACGCUUCGGAUCUACCCCUACGCAGGCAACAAUUACAAGCUCGCGUUUCUGCCAACUCAUGUGAGAUCGACGAUCACCCAGUUUCCGAUUGGAACGGUCGUACAGCGCGCCGUGUACAAGGAACAUCACCUGUACUCCCUGAUGGCGGCCAUGCUGGCUCGGAUGAAGCACGUUUUUGUCGUCUCGCCGACAGGCGACGAUCCGGAAGCCGUCCGAACCCAAGCUGCGAAGUACCUGCGAAAGGAGCUGAUUCGCUGUUCCCGCUCAGGCGAUGUGGACAAGCAGACCAUCCUAGAUAUCCUGUUUCUCUGCGUCAAUGAGAUGCAGUACGGCCGGUAUGAGGAUGUCAGGAAGCACCUGAGUAUUGUGGGUAAGCUGCUACAUUUGCUCGACACCAAUGAGCAUCUCGAUCGCUGGAUCUCCGAGACCGCUGCUCACGUCGACAAUCAACUGGCCUUGUCAACAGCCAGACGGCCCGUUCUACCCAGUACCUUCGAUCCCGGACCAAUGCUGCCUGAAAGAAUGGCAAUCCUCCGAAGAGAAGCGCACAACCUGAAGUAUUACGGCUAUCCGAAACCCACCGCCCUGGUUGUGCCUCGGGGACCGAGUGGCUCCAUGGGGCUGACGGAUGCGAUUGCCGACCUCGCUGCGACUCUCGACAUACGAAUGGGAUCCCAAUUUAUCCAGGCUCUGAAGGUGGGCGCAUUUCCUGGAGCUAUCGGCCGUGUCGUGGCGGACUUGAUCGACUGUAUCGAGAUUGCAAAGGUCGUGUGGCUCUCCCCUUUAGCCGUAUGCUUCGAUGCGGAAUGGCUCUGCAGGAAAGCCAGAGCAGUCCUCCGCGCGUUGCUCGCUAUCGCCCCAGAGCACAACGUCGGGCCCAUGGAUCUCAUGUGCAAAUGCACCGAGGUGGUGCGGCUAUGUUUGAUGAUCUUGAUGACGCAUGCUUGCACACUAAUUGGCUUCCAAACAGCAAAGAGCAACGUCCGGCGACUAAAAGGCGCCAUCCAAUAUGCACUGAAGUAUUGGUGCCCUGCCAUCGGUUGGACAGAGGAUUGUAUACCAGUGGUGCCCAAUUCGCGUCUGGAUCCUUUCUGCGAGCUACAAUCGGGAUUUGUCCUUUGGGCUGCGUUGACGGGAUGCUGGUCGUCAGCAGGUCUCACUGAUGAAAAUUUCUUCAUGGAGCGAGCAUUGAACAUUUGUCACUAUUUCAACUACACCACCUACGAGGACCUCGACAACCACAUGUCAGGAUUUCUCUAUUCAAGAUCCUUGCAAGAAAAGAGUUUGAGGAAGGCAGCGGCGCGCCUUCAAACACAUACACUUCGCAGCCCGACGGAAUCAGGUUGA